GUGAUAAAUAAAAAUUCAAACUAAAAAGCAAAAUUGGUUAAAUUCAAGUACUUUAAGACGCCUUAUGCCUUCCUGUAUGCAUCUUCUCCUCUACGGUUUGUGUUAACCCUCCCUCUUACUCUAUAACCCUAAAGCGUUCCAUAAUCAUUAUUUCCAUCUUUUUCCACUGCCUUUUCAAUCGCUUCUCUAUUCACCUAAGCGAGCCAUCGCCGACAGUACCUGACGGAGUUGCGUCCAUUUCAACAGAAAAUCUCAAAUCAACAAGCCAAAAGCUUACCGUUGGAAUAAGAUAAAAAAAAAAAAACAAAGAAUGCCUAAGGUAAAGACAAAUCGUGUCAAGUACCCUGAGGGCUGGGAAUUGAUUGAGCCUACUCUACGUGAACUACAGUCCAAAAUGCGAGAAGCUGAGAAUGACCCACAUGAUGGUAAGAGAAAAUGUGAGGCUUUGUGGCCCAUUUUUAAGAUAGCACAUCAAAAGAGCCGCUACAUAUUUGACCUUUAUCAUCGAAGAAAGGAAAUAUCUAAAGAAUUGUAUGAAUUCUGUUUGGAUCAAGGCUAUGCGGACCGCAAUCUUAUUGCGAAGUGGAAGAAGCCAGGUUAUGAGCGUCUAUGCUGCUUAAGAUGCAUGCAGCCACGUGAUCACAACUUUGCAACGACAUGUGUAUGCCGAGUGCCUAAGAACCUGAGGGAAGAGAAGGUGAUAGAGUGUGUCCAUUGCGGUUGCAGGGGCUGUGCAAGCGGAGAUUGAUUAAUAGUCUUUUCUGCCUAGAACAAGAUAGGCCCAACUGCUUUGUUCUUGGCUAUGUUGCUGAACUUUUGGUGUAAAACUAAAAAAUGAAUUGGAUGCUGCUAAAGCCUGGGGUUUACUAAUUGCUACAUGUUCAACUGGCCCAACGGACAUUUUGUGGUAUAAUUUUAACUCUCUAAAGAAUUAGUCGACUUAUAAAUUAUGUGAUGCUUUUUGUUCUUGCUGCAAAUUAUUGCAGGACUAUCAAUAGGCAGCUUAAAAUGAUUUGGAAAAUACAACUUUCACUGUAACUCAUGUUUGGAUAAAGCGAAAAAACAGAAAUUUGCUGGAGAUUGCUAGCAAUUACAUUGGACUGGGAUCAUUGUAAGAUAAUUUUAUUA